UGAUCUAGGAAAACCGACUCUGACAUUUUGCAAGGAUCUGUAUUUACAGAGAUAAUUCACUCAAAACUAAAAAUCCUGUCAUUGUUCACCCUCAAGUUGUUCCAAAAUUGUAGGAGUUCCUUUCUUCUGUUGAACAUAAAUGAACAUAUUUUGAAGAAUAUGGGUAACCAAACAGUUUAUGAACCACACUGACUUCCAAAGUAUGGAAAAUAAAUCAAUAAAUGCAUAAACACUAUCGAAUCCAGUGAGGUCUAUCAACUUUUUGGUUACCCAACAGUUGCAUAAAUAAUGACAGAAUUUUAAUUUCAUUAUUAAAAACUUCAGUGCUAUAUAGAUACACUGUGCAACCAGUUCGAACGCACAAAGGCCUACUGGUACCAUUUUAGAUGAUAUUAGAGAUUUGUGAUGCUGGACCACAAAACCAGUCUUAAGUAGCGUGGGUAUAUUUUAUGGCUAUAUUACUGAUUUUUCUUUUAUGCCAAAAUCAUUAGAACAUUAAGUAAAGAUCAUGUUCAAUGAAGAUAUUUAGUAAAUUUCCUACCAUAAAUAUAUCAAAACUUAAUUUUUGAUAGUGAUAUGCAUUGCUAAGAACUUCAUUUGGACAUCUUUAAAGGUGAUUUUCUCAACAUUUGAGUUUUUUGCACCCUCAGAUUCCAGAUUUUCAAAUAGUUGUAACUGGGCCAAAUAUUGUCAUAUAAAUAAAUAAAUCUUAUUGCUUAUUCAUUCAGCUUUCAGAUGAUGUAUAAAUGUCCAUUUAAAAAAAAUGUCCCUUAUGACUGGUUCUGGCCAAAUAUUGUCCUAUCCUAACAAACCAUGCAUCAAUGGAAACCCUUAUUCAGCUUAACUGGUUUUGUGGCUCAUGGUCACAUUUUUGCAAUUUAUACAGUGGGUAUCUGUUGAUAUUGGAUAUAUAAUUGCGCGUGCUUGUUUGUGUUUUUACAUUUAGAUUACAUUUGAAUGGUUGAUUUAAUUGCACAAAAACAGAAUCAUUAUUCCUGUUUCAGUAACAGCCACAAUAUUACUACUGGUGGUUGGUUAGCCAAGGUUUUAACCCGAGGCAACAACACCAUCCCAGUGCAUAUCCAGUCGUGUUGUUUUCACGCCGUUCGUCCACUGGUGGACGGUGUUUUUGCGCUUCAUCGUGAGAUGUGGUGCGAGCUCCGCAGCGCCCCCCUGCAGCUCGAAAACUUUCCCAUCUCGAAGUGAUUUCCUCCCCUGUUUUUACUUCCUGUUUUCUAAGGGAGUCACUUAACUCAGCUCGUUUCUGUUCAUCAGGGCUUCACUAUGCGUUUCUACAUCUGCCGGUAGUUUUACCGAUCUCUUCGGGGGGAACUCGGGACGGAGCGGGAGCCGUUUCGACGGCGGGACAUCCACACAUUUAGAUGGAGGUCGAAGGGCUGAAGUCAGUCGUGUCUGCGGCUCUAAUGGAUUUUACGUAGACUUGUGUUUUGUUUUAAUGCCCUUUUACUGCCUUCCUGGUCGUUUUGUUGCCAUUUGUUGCAUUCGGUGUCCGCGUCCAGCCUCGACCGCCCCUUUAACUCCAGCAACAAUGUAACUAACUCGAUCGCCCGUUCAUCUAUCUUCCGCCGAGCUCGACUCCGAAGACCGCCGUGCGCGAUCGCCGCUUUUUAAGUUUGACGCUGUCGGCACGGUAUCGUGUAUUUCUUCGCCAAACUUUACGAUGGCCGAGCUACAGCGGCCGACGCUGUGUUGCUGUCGGAAAGUGCUGACCGUGCCCGGCAAGUCCUGCGAGGGCGGCCGGAGUCUGGCACACUGUCGCCUGGUGGACAUCGCGUCGGCGUCCAACUUCCACAGCUUUAAACUCCGACAUUUCCAUCUGGACCUCCACCUGAACUUCGCCGUCAAGAGGAUGACGGGAUGGCAGGUUCUGGAGCUCACGCCCGUCCAGCCCGGCGUCCAAUCCCUCAUUCUGGACACGCAUCCUUCGCUACUAAUUCAUUCCGUGGACUGCAAGGUGCCCGGCGCGUCCGGUGCCCCUGACGUGUUUUUGUCGCUCACCUACCGAGUAGAACCGUUCACCGAUUACGGAUCCUCUCUGAACAUCAGCCUCCCGGCCGCGGUCAUCCGGCCGCACCGGGCUUUCCGUGUCACCAUCCGCUACACUACCACAGACGGCCCUGCGAUAUGGUGGCUGGAUGCAGAGCUGACAUGCGGACAAACCCGUCCGUUGGUCUUCACUCAGGGUCACUCGGUCUGCAAUCGGUCAUUUUUUCCCUGUUUUGACACACCAGCUGUCAAAAGCACCUACUCUGCCACUGUCAGGGUACCAGAGGGUGUUACAGUGUUGAUGAGUGCCUCAAGAAGUGCAUACUCUAAACAGGACAGGGUUUUCCAGUUCUCCAUGGAGUACCCUGUUCCAGCCUACUUGGUUGCGCUGGUGGCAGGAGACCUACAGCAUGCAGACAUUGGGCCCAGGAGUCGUGUAUGGGCAGAGCCCUGCAUCCUGACAUGUGCAGUCAGUAAACUUGGCGGCAGUGUGGAGCGCUGGCUUAAUGUGGCGGAGGGGCUUUUUGGGCCUUACGUAUGGGGAAGGUACGACAUAGUGUUCCUUCCUCCUUCAUUCCCCAUCGUUGCCAUGGAGAAUCCCUGUCUUACUUUCAUAAUUUCCUCCAUACUGGAGAGUCAGGAGUUUCUGCUGAUUGAUGUCAUCCAUGAGAUUGCUCACGGCUGGUUUGGCAAUGCGGUCACCAAUGCAACGUGGGAAGAGAUGUGGCUCAGUGAGGGUCUGGCCACUUACGCGCAGAGGCGCAUUACCACAGAAGCCUAUGGAGAAGCCUUCACUUGUCUUGAGACAGUGUUCCGUCUAGAUGCUCUUCACAGACAGAUGCGUCUUCUUGGAGACAACAAUCCCGUCAGUAAGCUGCAGGCCAAAUUUGAGCCAGGUGUAAACCCAAGCAGUCUAAUGAAUCUCUUCACAUAUGAGAAAGGGUUCUGCUUUGUAUCUUACCUCUCACAGCUGUGUGGCGACAUCAAGAGAUUCGAUAGCUUUCUUAGGGCCUACAUUGAGAAGUUCAGGUUCAGCAGCGUAAUCGCUCAGGAUCUGUUGGACUUUUUCCUCGGAUUUUUCCCUGAGCUGAAGGAGAGCUGCGUUGCUCAACGAGAGGGUCUGGAAUUUGAGCGAUGGCUAAACGGCUGUGGUCCUCCGUUAAGUGAACCGGAUCUCUCGGCGGGUAGAGCCCUAACCGGCCCCGUUCAGCACCUGUGUGAUCUUUGGGGCAUGGAUGCCCCUGACCCCCAGCUGAUCUCUACAUUUGACCUCUCCUCCUGGAGCACCUUUCAGACCGUCCUCUUCUUGGACCGACUUCUAGACCGCUCACCUCUGCCUCAAGAGGUGAUGAGUCUUUUGUCAAGCUGCUACUCUGCGUUGUUGGACGGCAUGAACGCUGAAGUCCAGAUUCGGUGGUUGCAGAUUGUUGUACGGAACAGCUUUUAUCCUGAUCUGCCCCGAGUUCGCAGCUUCUUGCAUAAACAUACCUCACGGAUGUACACAGUGCCCCUUUAUGAGGAUCUGUGCGGAGGAGUGAUGAAGUGUUUUGCUGUGGAGGUAUUUUAUCAAACUCAGGCUCGUUUGCACCCAAAUCUACGCAGGACACUUCAGCAGAUACUGUUCCAAAGCAGCGCCCUCAACACCAGCACAGCUCCAUCUCUACUCACAUCACCACCCUCUGCCCCUUCCUCACCCACAGACCCCCCUGCCAACGGGACCAUCGCUCUGCGAGAUGUCAAUGUGUCCGCAUGAGAUCUGUGGAGUAGCAUAAGGUCUGGGGUGACAAGCCAGAUGGGCAGGAACAGGACAGUAAUUGAACUCCUUGUCUCAGACUGGACCAUAGCAAUGCAUUGUGGGAGGCCAGCGCUGAUGGGUGUACACUCUCACCAACACUGGGAUGUCUAUUUAAAAAGGCAGACACUGAUUUUCAUAAGCUAAACAUAAAGCUGCUCAGGGCUAUGGAACAACGUGGAGGACAAAUGUUUGCGAUGGUUAUUAUGCCAUGACCUGUGUGUGUGUGCGUGUGUGUGUGUGUGCACUUAUGGAUGGGGGUAUGUCCAUAUCAAGGAUACUGGUUGCCAUCUGUUAGCCCUUAACUUUUUUGAGCGUGUGGAUGUGUGUCUCUGUUUAUUUUUGUGGGUGUUUUGCAUAUGUUCCUCCAGCCUAUGCACAUCAUCUCAUAUGUUGUGUUUUUGCAUCUGUUCUCCAAUACAACUGAGAUAUCAAUUGGAGGACUUAACAUGAUUUCAGAGACUUUUCUUUUGCUAGCUACGCAGAUGCGUUCUGUGGAGGACCAAUCCCUGACGAAUCACCUUCCUGGACAGUGUUUAUAACUGGCGUGAAUGCACACAGCCUAUACUCAUUGUGCAAAUCUGAUCAUGGCCUAAUGAAGACCCUACAGAUUAACACACUCUCAGCCUUUCUGUGAUAAAUGGAUUGUUUCCUUUUUGUUUGAACUGGAAUCUGUAUUUCUCAAGCUUCUCUUUCCUGGUGCUAACCACUCAGCAGUAAGCCUCAGGUAUACCAAGACAGAAGAAGUGGAGCCAUGUUAGUGCCUUUCGAACCUUUCAACACUGUGGGUGUUUUCAACACUGCUGUUAAAAACGAACAGCCCGAAUUUGUUAUUUGAGCCAUACUAGGGUGACAUUGGUGACUGUUGUCCCACUUACAUUAUGUGAGAGGUUCUUUUCAGGAAUUGAGAUGCUGUGGUCUUUUUUUUUUUUUUUUUUUUUUU